GUCUUCAAACGUGUGGCGUUGCCCGCCAUGUAAUGUUAUAAAUAAUUAUUUAAUCAUCGGAUGAUUUGCAUACCAGAUACUUAUAACUGACUGAUAAAGAAAAAUAUAUUAAAAUUGAGUUAAAUUUAAUAAGACAACGCAUAUUAUCCGUGGUAGUAAAAUCGCGUGGGAUAUAUACAUAUAUGACUUUUAAAGUGUAAAGUAAUUUAAAAACGAAAUUUUUUAAAUGAUUUUUGUGAGAAGUUAAACUUUUCCAUUAAAAUUUAUAAGGAAAUCUAUACUAAUUUUCACAUUUUUAGUGAACAAAUAUGAUAAAAUGUCAUGUAAAAUAAAUUUAGUGCACUAACACGAAUGGUGAUGAAGUACUCUUCAUUUUUGAAGUCGGUUAAAAGUGUAAUUUUUGAUAGUCAUUUUUGUGACGUAUCUAUAUAUGAAGUCAUUAGUUAGUCAGUUUUAACUGAGGUUUGUACGGUAUUUCCGGAUGCCAUUUUCACACAGAUCAAAGGCUCUCUAAUUACUCACAUUUCAUUAUUUUAAUAUGACCUGGUGUCUAUUUGAUCAAGUGUAUUAUUAUUUCUCUAUACGGAAGUGUAUUAACAUCCUUAAGUGAAUAAUAUGUUGUAUGUGUAAUAGUAACAUUAUCAGUUUUUAAGUGUUACCGAACAGAAUGAUACCGCUAAGGAAAAUAACCCAUCGCACUUGUUUUGUCAUCAGCAGAACUGUUUAUAUGACAUGCUGCUGCGGGUGCUGCUCCGCCCUGCGGCCCAGGUACAAACGACUAGUCGACAAUAUAUUCCCCGCGUCCCCGCAAGAUGGUCUCGUCAAAACCAAUAUGGAGAAACUCACCUUCUACUCUCUGUCCAGCCCGGAGAAAUUGGAUAGAAUUGGCGAAUAUCUGUUCCAGAAGGCGUCCAGGGAUAUCUACAGGAGAAGACAUGGGUUCGUGAUAAUAGCUAUGGAGGCGAUGGACCAGCUGCUGCUCGCGUGCCAUGCCCAGACCCUGAACCUGUUCGUGGAGUCGUUCCUCAAGAUGGUGCAGAAGUUGCUGGAGUCCACAGACCCUCAACUGCAGACAUUGGCUACUCAAAGUUUCGUUCGUUUCGCGAACAUAGAAGAGGACACGCCGUCGUACCACCGGCGGUACGACUUCUUCGUAUCAAAGUUUUCAGCUAUGUGUCAUAGCAACCACGGGGAUAUCGCUACUAGGGACAAGAUCCGACUGGCGGGCAUUCAAGGACUGCAGGGUGUAAUAAGAAAAACUGUGUCAGACGACCUGGUGGAAAAUAUAUGGGAAGCGCAGCAUAUGGACAAGAUUGUACCAUCGCUUUUGUACAAUAUGCAGACCGCUGAGAAAUACGAAACGGUAUCGUGCAUGGACACAGACGGCAGGGAUCCAGGAGUCGAAGACGAACCCCCGCGGCUGGCGGAGGCGUGCCUCAGGGAGCUGGUGGGUCGAGCUGGAUUCGGACACAUUAGGAGUGUACUACGACCAGUUCUCACACAUUUCGACCGACACGAGCUGUGGGUACCGAACGAAUUCGCCGUCCACACGUUCAAGAUCAUCAUGUUCUCGAUUCAGGCUCAAUAUUCGUACAGCGUUGUGGAAGCCCUGAUGCAGCACCUGGACGCGGCGGGCCCCGGGUCCGCGGACCCCAAGGCCAGGACCAGGGUCCGGGCGGCCAGGGCGGCCGUGCUCAGCAAUAUUGUGGCCAUAGCCGCUGGAGAUAGCGUUGGGCCUUCAGUGUUGGAGAUUAUCAACAACCUAUUGACAAAUUUGAGAGCCUCUGUGGCCAGAGAUUCUGAGAAAGAAACUGACGAGAAGUUAUACCAAGAGGCUUUAAUCAACGCGUUGGGAGAGUUCGCAGACCAUCUACCUGAUUUCCAGAAGAUUGAUAUCAUGAUGUUUAUCAUUAGCAAGGUGCCCAGUGGGGGGAAGGGCACCAGGGCUGAUGCAAUGCUGCAGAGUAUAUUGCUCAAGUCUUUGUUGAAAGUGGGCACUACAUACAAAACGACAGAAUUGAGCAAGGCAUUCCCGGCCGCGUUCCUAGAGGCCCUGCUGCGAGUGUCAGCUAGCAGUGAACCAUCGUCACGAGCGUUACUGCAACGAAUACUCCACACUCUGCUCGACAGGAGACAGAACGCGGAUCGAUUGAGGAUGACGGUGGAGUAUGAACAAUUGGGAAUAUCAGUUGAGAAAUGUUCCCGUCAAGAUUUGAUCUUUAUCAGCAAACACGGAUACGCCAUCUUCAGCUCUCUUUACGAUGGUUUACAACUGGAGUCCAAUACUAAAGAGAAUAUAGAAGCUAUAUACAUGACCCUGGCUCUGCUCAUAAUCGAGUUGGCCUCAGAGGAAACCCUGUGUGACGUGUUGCAGCUCAUCAUGGCCAUCCAGCAGUCGUCGAUCUCCAACCCGGUGCUGUCCGUGGCGCAGCAGUGCCAGCUGCAGGCCCUGUGCGUGUCGCUGGCGGCGCUGUUGCCGCACGUCAUGAUGCUGCCGCCUCUAGCCGACUACAUACAUAAGAUUAUCUCAGCCCGUCGCGAGGAAGCCCCUCACCUGUUGCCCCCAGCUCCUAGAGACGGAGAUCACAUUCCCUCGGCUGCUAUGCCGGGGAAAUUGCCAUACCUUAUGAUUGACCAGAUGGCGCUAUGCGAAUGCCUGAAAUCGUGCGGGGUAGACUCGUCCCGUUUGCAGUCCCCGUCGCCGUACGCGGCCGGCCACACUGCCGCCGUCGCGCACCGCCACAGCUGGGUCGAAGCUGGAGCCGCGGCGGGUCGCGAUAGCUUGGCAGACAUCACAGCCGGCCCCGUGACUGAACUGGACAGCAACAACAGUUCGCCCACUGUGCAGAGGCAUCCAAUGCAAAGUGAGAGCGUCUCUUUGGAAGCUUUACGCCGAGCCGCCACCGGCCCCACCGAUGCGGAGAGGAGAGAAGCGGAAAGGAAGAAGGCUACCCUCAACUACGCUUUCAGAACGGCGCCAUUCCAACAUUUGGUGGCUAUGACACAGCCCAAGUACGAGCUCAAAGACAAACUGGAGGAGAUCUUCAGCAGCAUAUCGUCGGAGCCGCUCCUCCCCGCGUCAGGUGCGUGCUCCCCCAGCGCCCAGGGCAAGUCCUACCAGCACCACGUGCCGCCCUACACCAAGUACUGCCCGGACCUGUUCCUCUACUAGCACCAAGUGUCGCUCUACACCAAGUACUGCCCGGACCUGUUCCUCUACUAGCUGAACGCAAUAUCAAAUUAUCGACAUGGAAUGCUAUAAUUUUGGGAGACGAAAAUAUUGGUACGGAAGUACUAAAAUAAUUCAUAAUCACGUAUCACAUUAAUUUAAGUACUUAAUGCUUCCAAAAUUUGCUCUUUCAAUUAUUUAUUACAGUUUUGGGACCAUUUUGUUGGUAAAAAAUGUAUUUUUUUUUGAAGAAUAUUGUCAAAAAUAUUGUGUAAUGUGUAGUUAAAAAAUUGUUGAUUUUUUAAAAGUAUUUAAGUGGUAUUUUCAAUAAUCAUAUUUAAAUUUAGAUUGUUAAUGAGUCAUGGGUUAGUUUAUUUUCACAUAAAAAAAAAUAUUACAAAAAUUUUAUUAGUAUGAAAAACAGUAAAUCUCACUUUGAUGCAUAUGUAAGUCGCUAUCGCAUUUAAAAGUAGACCAUGUAUGCAUACAUACAUAUAUAAAUUUAUGAAGUACCUAUAUGUACAAAUUAAGUACAAAAAUGCAAUAGUAAAUCUAAAUGUAUUUGGUGAUUCGACGCUUAUUUUGACAAUUUGAUUUACGAAGAGCGAAAAACAUCUUGAAUUUGCCACAUUCAAGCAACUGGAUGUGUAACCAUGUCCCAAUAUAGGUUAAUUACCCUGCAAAGGUUGCGGAGGUCAGUCGGGAGUCGCUUCGUGUAAAAACCUGACUCACCCAAUCCGGGGUCGUGGUCAGACCGCACCCCGGGCUCCUCUCCAGAGGGGUGAAUCUGUAAACGGGACUAAAUUCAGAAACAUGUGUGUUGAUUCAGAACUUCAUCUGAAUAUUCGUAUUUAAUUUGUACAACGCUUGUGUAGAUUACAUUUACAAAAUUAUAAAAUUGUACAUACAUAUAAUCAAGGGAUAUACCCUUGCGGGGUAGACAGAGCCACAUUCAGCUACCUGGCUCAAUGAUAGAAUUGUGAUUCAAAUAGUGACAGGUCGCUAACCCAUCGCCUAAAAGGAGAAUCCCGAGUUUAUAAGCAUAUCCCUUAGUCGCCUUUUACGACAUCCAUGGGAACGAGAUGGAGUGGUCCUAUCCUUUUUUUUAUUGGUGCCGGGAACCACACGGCACACACAUAAAAUUGUAUUAAUAAAUACUAUAUUCACUCGUUGUUUUGCUUACAACUUAGAUAAUUAUAAAAUGACAAAGUUAUCAAUAGUUACUAAUAUAAUUUGACAUUCCAAUAAUCAUUAAUGAAUCUCAUUGUUUUGAAGUUUAGGUCGAUAAUAUUUGCUUUAAACUUAUUUUUUUAACUAGCCUUUGUGAGCCGCUUCACUCACGUGCUUCUGUUAAACGUAAAUCCCGUUAAAGCGGGAUUUUUUUCGGGAUGAUAUGUUUCUUGUCUUUAAAAAAAUCAAUUAUAAUUUUUUACCAAAACUUCAAAACACAAUUUGACUACCACUUAAACUUUAAUGUGUUCAGUAUUUAAUGUAAUUAUUAAUGUAUUGCUUACUAUUCCAAAUUGAAUAGACAUUGUUAGAAUUGAAUGAUAUUUCAGAAAUAUAGUUGUUCGACGUUUCCAAAACUUUGGUUGAAAGAAUAAAGGUGUUUGAAGACAUCAUCAUUUGUCAUCUCGUAAAUUAUAUAGGAGUUUCUAAGGUGGAGGAAAGCGAGAAACGCGUGGAAAGAAAACCGGAACAGGAAGAUGAAGAUAAGUGCCCGUACGCAGCUCCCGGUUGCAUAUAUUGCGUUUAAAACGAAGCCCGAGACUAAAUUUAGAUUAUUUGUUUUACUUAAAAAAAUAUAAUGAAAUUAUAUAUGUGUCCUACGGUUGCUAUUUCUAUUGUGUUAAUGCAAGCCUGGGGUUAUGUAACUAGUAUUUUUUUUAUAAAAAAUAUUAAACUUUAAUUAAAUAGCUUAUUUGGGUUUUUGGGAUAAAAAUUAUCCUUCUAUCUUUACUAAAUUAUAGCCCGGGUUGUAUAAAACGAAGCCCGUGCAUAUAGUUAGUUUAUUAAACUGUUUCGAAAAUCUUUGUAUAUUUACUACAUCAACAACAACAUCCUUCCACUUGCCACGACCAAAGAAAUUAGGAAAGAAAUCGACAAAAAAUUACGAAUGUAUCGAAACGUAAAUUAAUGUUCCCGAAACAUAAUAAUUAUUUUCAAUGAUUUAGCUUUAAAAUUUAUUAUCUAUUAUUUUACGUAUCCACUUUUCUAUAAAAAGUAAACAAACAUUUAUUUAAUCAGUGUUGUUUUCGUAAAUAUUAUUACGUAAAUUAGACAAGUCUAUAGCUAUUAUUUUUUGUAAAAAAAAAUAUCUUAAGACCUUUUAAAAAAGAAAAAGAAAUAUUCAAAAAAGAAAUACAAGAAAAUUGUGUAAAAGGUUUUGACCAUACCACCUUUAAACUUUCUCAUAGUAUCAUAAAUACAUUUUGUAAUUUAUACAGUCUUUAAUAGAAAUACAUCUUUCUAUUGCCAGAUUUUUUGUAGUCGUAUACGUUACGCUAGACAUCUUCCAUCGGUAAUACCUGUAUAAAUUACUAUAGUAGUUCACUCAAACUUGUUAAUCCAACGACCCAAAUCACUGACGAAUACCCACAGUGGUGCUAAAUGGAAUUAAAUAAAAAAGCAUAUAAUAUAUUAUAUUUUGUAGACAAUAAGCAUGUUAUGACAUCAAUUUCAAUAUUGUAGUGUUUACGCCUCACAAUGAAAAUACUUGCACAUGUGUUAUAUGAGAGAUAAUUACACUUUUGGUAAUAAUCGCUAGGAAAGACUCAUUCGGCAUUUAGUAAAUAAAUAUAAAAUACAAAUUAUAAAAGCAAUACGGUGUGGAUUGAAACAGUCUGACCGCAUGAUGUUGUGAAAACAAUGAGUUAUAUUUGCAACUAAAAGAAAGGUUAUCUCUUAGACUAUAAUCGCUUUCAACUGCAGUGAGCAAAGAAGUUAUUUGAUAUUAUUUUCUGGUCAAAAUAAAGGUUAAAUAAAUAAAUAUUUACGGGACAAAUUACACAGAUUGAGUAAGCCUCGGAAGUUUAAUGGACAUCUCUUAUUGACAUUGUCUAACAUCAAAAUUAUAGAUGAGUGAUAUAAGUUUGCAAACUAUUUUAAGCUAUCAGUUAUGACGUUCUAGGUAGCGUAUACAGUACCUAAUAAUUGCUUGUCAGUUUGUUGUCGAAUCAGUAUAACUUAGUAUAUUGAAGUAAUGUCGCAAUAUGUGUGUUUGAUAUUUUGUUGAGCAAGAUAUAAAUUAAUUUUUGUUAAUUUAAUUGAACAUUACAAAUUGUAUAAAUAGUUCCUUGCUCACUGACCAUGGUCACAAUGCUUGCUAAAGUGGCGCCCCGUUAGUAUCUUUGUAAUUUUUAUUAAAAUGUUAUCAUGGCUAUUAUGAUAUUAGGUGAUGGUUUCAAUAGUUAUUCUAUUCUAUUCAAUGGAUCGGUAAGCCAAACUAUGUUGCAUAUUAAUAUUAGUAACCUAGAAAUAUAAUUGAAUCAGGUGGGCCUUGUAAUAUUUCAAAAAAAAUUGUCUCUUAUUUGAAAGAACAGAAAAAAGAUUCUUUUUAAAGUGAUUUUAAUUUUGUGAUUGAAACGAUAUUGAGAAUUCCUGCAAAUUUCAUUUAAAAUAUACUCGGUAUUUUGUAUUGUACACAAACAUUUCAUGAGUAAAUUAUUGUUAAAUUAACAUUUGGUUUAAACAUCCUGAACUAUUGAAACCAUAAUUAUUCUAAAAAAAAAAUGGAGACGGUGGGUUUUGGUUAAGCUAUUACUUACUUUGUAGUAGCCGUGUGUAGGUUGUGUUAACGCUAAAUAUAUUGUUGUUCCGACGA